UGGGCCACUCGUGCUGGGGGGGCCGCGCCAGGCCCGGCCCGGCAGGGCAGGGUGACGGGCAGCGGAGCAAUGGGCAGAGCCCCUGCUGGGACCCCCGCGGCCCGGCUGCCAGCAGCGCCGGCCGGGGGGCUGCGCUAGGGCGGCCUGGUGGCCGCGGCGGCCGGGGGUACCACACACACACACACACACGGUCCUGCCCGGGCGGCAGCGAGGAUGCAGCACCCUCUGGAUCUGGGGGCCGCGCACUACUUCCCGGCCGAAGCCUUCCCCGACCACCGCUCUCAUCGCUACCGCAGCUUCAUGAUCGAGGAGAUCCUCACCGACCCCCCGGACGCCAAGGGGGCCGCGCCGGCCGGGGAGCUACUCAAAUUCGGGGUGCAAGCGCUGCUCUCCGCCCGCCCCUACCACAACCACCUCGCGGUGCUGAAGGCGGAACCGGCCGCCGUGUUCAAGUUCCCGCUGGCUCCCUUGGGCUGCUCGGGGCUGGGCUCGGCGCUGCUGGCCGCCGGCUCAGGCCUACAGGGCGGCUCCGCCUCGCCCCAUCUCCCGCUGGAGCUGCACCUCCGCGGCAAGCUGGAGCCGGGUCCCCCGGAGCCGGGCAGCAAGGCUAAAAAGGGCCGCCGCAGCCGCACUGUCUUCACCGAGCUGCAGCUCAUGGGGCUGGAGAAGCGCUUCGAGAAGCAGAAAUACCUCUCCACGCCCGACAGAAUAGACCUGGCCGAAUCGCUGGGGCUCAGCCAGCUCCAGGUGAAAACCUGGUACCAGAACAGGCGCAUGAAGUGGAAGAAAAUAGUGUUGCAAGGAGGCGGCCUGGAGUCCCCAACCAAGCCCAAGGGCCGCCCAAAGAAGAAUUCCAUCCCCAGCAGCGAGCAGCUCUCGGAGCAGGAGAGAGCCCGGGACUCUGAGAAGCCACCCGAGAGCCUGGGCUCGCCGGCCGAAGUCAGUCAGGAGGAGUGAGGGGGUCCCCGCCCGGCCCCAGUGCCGCUGGCCCCGGCCGCUCCCCUGGGCGCUGCCCACCGAGCCUGCUGCCGGCCCGGCACCUCCCCGCCCGGCUGGAGGAGGAAGAGGCGCAGCACGGUUAGUGGCUACGGUCGCUCUCGGUCUUCGGUGAACCGGGCAGUUUGGUCGGUCGCGUCCCUAUCGCCCCCCAGCCCGACUCUCGCUCCGCGGAGAGCUGCGCCAUGGACACUAGCGACGGCCCCGGGGGGCCAGGAGGACACUGGAUCCCAAAUUCCACAUCUGCUCCUCUCUGUCUACAAAAAAACCCUGUGGUGCCCCUAGUUAUUCGAAAACUGCAUUUUAUGAUCGGUUUUAUUAUUGCGAAGAUAUUUACUUUAUUUCAAUAAAGUAUUUUAUGAACUAUUGCUCGGAGUAAUGUAACAAUUUUUCGCUUUAAAACAAACAUUUUUUCCCUCUUUUUCUCCUUUUGUGGAGACAAAGGUUGUAUUCAAAUCCGAAUUCGUGGGGACAUGAUAGAGACAGAACCAAGAGCAGUGCUGUCCCGGACUCUCCCGUUGUUUGCUUUUUCCCCUGAUUUUGCCCGCCCGUG